AUGCUUCGCAUGCACACUCUUUGCUGCUCGCAGUUGGCUCACAACCUGACGCUCUCGAUCUUCGAGCCGGUUGCGAACCACCGGGCAACCCGGAUCGUGUGCACUAUCGGCCCUAGCACACAGAGCGUGGAGGCGCUGAAGGGACUGAUUCAGAGCGGCAUGUCUGUUGCGCGCAUGAACUUCUCGCACGGGUCACACGAGUACCACCAGACAACAAUCAACAAUGUGCGCCAGGCCGCCGCGGAGCUUGGUGUGAAUAUCGCGAUUGCGCUGGACACAAAGGGGCCCGAGAUUCGGACGGGACAGUUCGUUGGUGGCGAGGCCGUGAUGGAGCGAGGCGCGACGUGCUACGUGACGACAGACCCUGCGUUUGCUGACAAGGGCACGAAGGACAAGUUCUACAUCGACUACCACAACCUGUCGAAGGUGGUGCACCCUGGCGGCUACAUCUACAUCGACGACGGCAUUCUGAUCCUGCACGUGCAGAGCCACGAGGACGAGCAGACGCUGAAGUGCACGGUGACUAACGCGCACACGAUCUCUGACCGGCGCGGUGUGAACCUGCCGGGGUGCGACGUGGACCUGCCGGCUGUGUCACCGAAGGACUGCGCGGACCUGCAGUUUGGCGUGGAGCAGGGCGUGGACAUGAUCUUCGCGUCGUUCAUCCGGAGCGCGGAGCAGGUGGGCGAGGUGCGGAAGGCGCUUGGCGCGAAGGGACGCGACAUCAUGAUCAUCUGCAAGAUCGAGAACCACCAGGGCGUGCAGAAUAUCGACUCUAUCAUUGAGGAGAGC